AUGCUUGAAGAGUACCCUCUAGGUGGCUACACGGAGUAUGAAAAGAUUAGAAUUAGAUGGCAUGAAUCACAAGACUAUUUGAGCUUCAAAUCUGUCAGAGAUGCUGUGCACCUUGGCGCCACGUGCAGUAAAAUGCACACAAUCAUCGCCCCCUUUAUCCUCGAACACGACAAGAAAGUCAACUUCUCUUCAGCGCUACUGCUUUCAGUUAAGAGGGGGUCAAUGGAAGGUGUCAUCAGAGCUCUGAGCCAUGGGCAAGACAUCAAUGCGGCUGAUCGAAAGAUUGAUGGGUAUGAUUACGAUAUUGAGUAUUGGAGAAUCCCGAUUUUCUCUACUCUCAAGUCUUUGCAUUGGGCUUGUUUCUAUGGAAACGAGGAGCUCGUCGCAUAUCUUCUUGCAAACGGCGCGGACUUUCAAGAGCGAGCCGACCUCGGAUUUCAACACAGUCUCGAAAUAUAUAAAUCUGGCGAUCAGUGGGAGUCCGAGACCCUCCACUGGAGCCAUUCGCAUCGAGCUAUGAUGACUGCCACAAAAGAGCAGUAUGCUGAAUUUCCGAUAUUUAGCGACCUUGAGAUCCCAAUUGGGGCCAAAGCACUAUUAUUUGCUUUGGAGGGCAGCCCGAGUCCCAUUCAUCGCAUGAAGUGGGAUGCGUCGACAUUCAAAGAGGAUGACCUUUAA